AUGAGCGCGCCAGAUAUACACCGGAAGGAAGUGGCAGGACCACCUCCAGCGUACACGCAAGAGAUGGAGACGCAGAGCAGCGUACCGGGCUCGGGCUGGGACAUUCCAGACGGAGCGCACACGAAAAGGAAGCCAGUCCAAUUGGGCGUCGGCGCAAGUGCGACAAGAUGGGCCAUGUCAGAUCGCUUCGAUCGCGUUCUUCCGCCGCACAAACGCUACCUGGGUCGCAGUCGUCGUACUUUCCUAAUCAUUGCUGUUGCUGUGUUCCUCUGUCUUUUGGCGCUCAUCAUUGGACUUGCCGUCGGCCUGUCAGGAAAGUCAAAGACUCAGAACCUUCCCCUACCCAAUGGCGCAGAGACUUACACCGGUGAUCUAACAUACUACGGCCCUGGCCUUGGAGCAUGUGGUGUGGACUCGACAGAUAACGACGCAAUAGUCUCUAUCUCGCACUACACAUUCGACGCAGUGCAAGCGGGAAGUGAUCCGAACCAGAAUCCACUGUGUGGGCGCAAGAUCAGGGCGACGAGAGUGAAUGAACAGACUGGCAAGUCGGUUAGCAUUGAUGUAACUGUAGUGGAUAGGUGCACUGGAUGCGCGCCCACUGAUUUAGACGUCAGCCCGGCUAUGUUCAAGAAGGUGGCGAAUGAGGAUCUAGGUAGAGUGCUUGUGACUUGGGCCUGGCUGCCCUGA